AUGAAGUAUUGGAGAAUUAUGAGUCUCAAUCAUCAGCAAUCAUUAUUCAGAAAUUUGUGUCUCUCUAUAAAGCAAACGAAACGGAGGACUCGGACUGUCUGGCAAGAAGAACCUGAUUCUCCUCUCUCUAAGAAACUUCCCAGUUCAACUUUCUUCUCUUCACAGCCAUUUAUAAAAACAUAUACUCAGAGAACUGAGAUAAAGGUCAAUCAGAUAUUUUUGGAUGAUAAGCAGUCGAUAUAUGGAUUUGUGAGACCAUCCAAACACGCUUAUCGCAUCCACUUACAACUGUACGAGAUGACGGCUGAAGAAAUUGUUGUGAACCUUUAA